AUGGCAUCCAGCGCCUCGAAACGCCUCUUCAAAGAGUACAAAGCGCUCUCCUCCGACCCACCCGAAGGCAUAACCGCAGGCCCCAUCUCCGAAGACGACAUGUUCCUCUGGGAAGCCCUGAUCCAAGGCCCCGAAGGCACACCUUUCGAAGGCGGCAUCUUCCCCGCCGAACUCAGGUUUCCCAAGGACUAUCCGCUUGCGCCGCCGAAGAUGAAGUUCGUCACGGAUGUUUGGCAUCCUAAUGUCUAUGCGAACGGCGAAGUGUGUAUAUCGAUCCUGCACCCCCCCGGCGACGACCCGCAUCAGUACGAACAGGCGAGCGAGCGGUGGUCGCCGAUUCAGAGCGUCGAGAAGAUUCUGAUCAGUGUGAUGAGCAUGCUGGCGGAGCCGAAUGAUGAGAGUCCGGCGAAUGUGGAUGCCGCGCGGAUGUGGAGGGAGAAGAGGGCCGAGUAUGAGAAGAUUGUGCGGCAGAAUGUUAGGAAGAGUUUGGGGCUGUGA